CAAUUUGUAUUGUAUGACGUUUCUUGAAGGAAGGAAAAUGGAAGUCGUCUCACCGGUUUGAAUUUGUUAUUGUUUUUAUGGCAUAAAUUUUAAUUGUAGUUGAUAAUUAUAACAUUUAGCCAUGAAUAAUUGUGUACCAAUGGAAAUUUGGGACACCGAAGGUGAUAUUGAUAAAUUGAUAAGUGACCAUGAUGAUACGUCCAUGCCAUUGCCAGAUAUCGAAUUUCAGCCGCAUCUUCUGAUAUCUAAAGUUCGAAAACAUUAUAUGGAGUAUAUUAUAAAGCUGUUGUCAUUAAAUUAUGAAACUAAUCAAAGACUUCUUAACAAGAAUAUAUACUUACCCAGUGCAAUAUGGCGUUGCGCUAAAAAUAUAGAAAUGAAUGCUGCUCAAACAUGCAUGCUGGUGCAAUUGUAUAGAAAGAAUGUUACUAAAGUGAUCAAAGACUUAAAAAAAGAUACCACAAAGGGAAAACUUAACAAGAAAUUAUAUGAAUGCUUAAGGAACCCACCAGUGAAUGAAAAAAAAAUACAAACUACAAAAGAGACAUCCAAAGACUGCUGUACUUGUCAGUGUACAUGCUCCUUACGGAAGAAGCCCCGAGUUUCAGAAUCUCCACUAAAAAAAUCUGAUAAUCAUACACUGACCCCCAUAAACAGAGUAGAAAAGUCGAUUGAAAAUUCAAACAGUUGUCCUGCUCCUCAAACAGCACCAAUUUCUACUGAUGUGAAGCAAGCAUGCAAUAUAUCGCCAAGUCAAACACAGAGAAUAUCUGUGGAAUCCCAAGACUCAGAUGAGUUGAUGUCACAACUUGAAAAACUUUUUCAGGGUGAUCCCAAUGAUGAUGACAUUUUUGAAGGGACAUUCUGUGACACUUAUGAUAUUUCCAUACAUGAAGAUAACAGCAAAAAAUUACAGACAUCUUCAGAGCUCCAAACUGGAAAUACAGUUGAUAAACAAAAUGUCAUUGAGGAUCAUGCAGCUCAAAUAAAAUCUUUAGAUGAGAGGUUAGCCUCAUUAACUGGAUUGUUAGUAAACAACAAUGAAAACUCAUCACUUCAAAAACAAGAACCAACAAAACCAAAAAGGAGCUCCAGCAAGUGGCUGUGUGAAGAAUAUUUCCUCAAAGUUAAAUUACAUGAACAAUUAGACCUUAUCAGAGAUACAAAUAGGAGAAAAUUACUAAGGAUAAAGCAAAUACUUUCAGACCUGUUUGGUGAAGAUAGUGAUGAUGAAGAUGUUGUAUCACCUUUGGAUGAAACCUCGGACUUUGUUUUAAGUUGCAAAGAAAGGAUGGCGCCAUGGGUUGUAAAGCUGCUUACGCCAUAUUAUAUUAAGGGCCGUAUUAGAGGGAAGGCACUGUUCAAAGCUUUAGCCAAACAUUUGAUCAGACUCAUAUAUCAGUGCAGUCGUUAUCCAAGUGAAUAUGAAGUGCAAAGUUUUGUGAAUGACUUUCUUGAUAAUCACAAAAUGAUAAGAUGUGAAGCUGACUUCAAGCAAUUUAAAAUUGAUAAUCUGGCUACCUACUAACUACUUGCAUUAAGAUUUUUAAGUUGUUAAGAAAAAUGUGUUAGUUUCCUAGUCAGUUACAAGUUUGCUAUUUGUAAUUUUAAGGACCCAAUUGCUUAAAUGUUUUCAUGAGCAUUGCUCUUAAUUUACAUUAGUUCCUUCUCAAGAUUAUUGAUAUCAAAUUGUUUUAUUUUGUUGUCUCUGGCAUGUAACAUCAAUGUUGCCUGUUUAAUUUUACCUUCUAUAAAUUAUAUCCAAUAAAAAAAGAAGUUUAUAAA